AUGAAGGAAGUGUUCACUUAUAGUUGUCGCUAUCUGGAAAGCACUGACCACGUCUUGCCUCCAGUACUUUUAGUUCGUCGAUCAUGCGGAUCACUGACCGGUAACUCGGUAAUUUUCGCUGACAAAUCGAUCGAUUGAUUAGUCUGCAUAAGUUUGCAUAGUCAGACCACAAAGGGGAGAAAGAGAAAAAUACUGAUCCUCCGAGCGCAAAAUGCCAGGCCUGGAUCAAAUAUUUACUUUUCCCGUCUCAGUCUCUUCUAUUUGCCGGCUUUAGUUUUACAAAUUCCUUGUUGCAUUCAACCCGGUUGUUGAUCAGGAGGCCUGCUAUUAAUAAGCUUUUGUUGCAAAAUUAAUAAAUAAAAAUUAUAAUAACCCCCCCCCCCCAAAAAAAAGAGUAAAAGAAGUGUCCUUACUCUUUUAUGUUAUAAUAUCGAGAACAAUAAUUCAUGCCACAGUAAAACCAACAUCCCUUCCAUGGAAGUAGCAAAACUUACUCGAAAGAGAAACGAAAGCGUGAUAUGGUAAAGAUUUCGUCGUUCAGUGUCUAAGUUACAUGAAAUCAACCCUUCUUGAAUUCUCUUUGACAGCCAUGGCCAUAAAUAAUAGACUUGAUCGGUUGGGGAAAACUGUGAGAUCUAAAGCCGUCGAUAAGCAUUCGAGGGUCUGUUUCCGGGUCCAGUACGCCGCUGUCUACCCCCGUCAGGCCAAUGUCGGUCACCAGACAUCUUAUGCAAACUCAAUCGGGCUAUUUUGACGGCUAAUUGUCUUACGAGUGAAUCGAUAAGCAACUUCAUCGCUUCUUCGUUGGGCUCAUGAAGGAAUCCCGGUCGGAAGUUAUUUUCAAACAUGUAUUUUUUUUGCCUAGAGUGACGAGCACUCCGAAGAAGCAGUCUUUCAUAAGUGCAUCGUACCUUUCUCCUGCCAGCAGCACGUACACCAUCAAAACUCGCUAAAACCGCUUAUUUAAAACAGUUCAAGACGCUGACGAACACCUGAAAAUACAACAAGGCGAAAGUUUGUACCAGAGAGGGCUUAGUGAUGGAGGGAAUGGACCCUCGUCAUCUGGGAAUGAUGGGAAAAAAGUCCAUGGAGCUCCACAAUUAUCCUGACGCACUAAGAUUGUUUUCAAUGGGCUUGGCUCAGUUGGAAUCUCUCAACCUGCCUCGAAAGUUUGCUGCUCCGUUCUUUAUGGAUCGAGCAGAGUGCUUUUGGCAGUUAGGGAAUGUCGAAGGGGCGCUGCAAGAGAUGGAAAAUGCACUGCGGCAUGGAUUACCAAGAUAAGACUUUUUCGCAGAGGAUGAGUCAUCAAAGUGGUCAGAUCAUGGCUAUGCUCUCCUAGAGAGAAAUAAAUUUGCCAUGGCCGAAAGAUGUGCCAAGUUUGCCCUAUACUUCCAUACCUCGCCUAGAACUAGAGCUCAGGCGUUUCUGUGUCAGGUGACUGCUCGAUACGAAAUGGGUCAAAUCACUGGGGAAACAAAAGAAACGAAGGAAAUCAAGAGACUGGAUCCAAAUCUUGCAAAGCUUCAUGCUCAAGAAAGGAAGGAUGAUGCCAUCAAAAACAUGCAGAGUCUGAAUUACCAGUGGGCAAUCAAGAGCUUCAUCUUUGCUUUACUGCUUCAUCCUGAAGAUGGUUCCAAGAUGAAAUUCAAACGUUCCGUUGAGAGUCAUUUAGCAAAUGCUUACUUUAAAUUGAAACGAUACAAAAGAGCAGUUGAAUUUGGAGAGGAAAGCUAUAAGUCAAACCCUAACUUUAGGUCCACGGAGGAAGCUGAAAGGUGGAAGAAACGUGGAAACGAUCUGUCCAAGGAGCCAAGUCUAGUGGAUCAAGCAAUUGCCUGUUAUUCACUUGCGUUACAAUUUACACCAGCAGAAGAAAAAGACCUCAAAGGGACUAUUUUUUCCAAUCGUUCUUUGAUGUACAACAAACAAGGAAAAGCUGAUCAGGCACUGGGGGAUGCACAAAAUUGCGUGGAGAAUAAAUCUGGAUGGCCAAAGGCACACUAUCGUCUGGGAUCUUGUCUAUUAGCGCAGAGAAAGUACAGGGAUGCGAUGAAGCCAUUUUCAAGAUCACUAAAGUUGUUGCUUAGUGAUGCUUCACGGUUGGAACACCACGCAAUAGAUACUUUGAAUCAACUGCUGUACGUAGCAUUGAAACUGCCAGAUGGCACGUCAAGCAUACAAUAUGGCAUUCCAAAGACUUACAUCCAGACAGUAAUAAACAAGGCCGUAAAUGACAAGGAUUGGGCCACUCUUCAUCUUCUCUACUUGGGCGGAGGAGGGCCCACACAGUUUGAGAAAGGUUCAGGAGGACUUGCCGCUGGUUGUGAUGCAAGCAGCGUCCCCUUAAUAGAAGUAGUAAGCUGCGAUUUUCUAGAUCUCGAAAAAUUCGUUAGCAUAUUGUUGGAUCACAAAGCACGUGACACUCCCCAAGAAGGAAGAAAAACCGCGCUUGAACUGGCUAUCGACCUGAACAAAUUUGAUGUUGCUGGUGUUUUGAUGGAAAGAAACACUACUUCAGGACCUAGAUUACAAUUUGAGAGGAAAUUUAAAGAGGAUGCGAAAAAGGCAAGGGAAAAAGGAGAUAACAAUAAAGCUAUCGAAUUAUUUAAACUUUCCUUGACGCAAGAGGGAAACACGACAGAGGAACAGCGUACAACGUUACAAACUCUUUGUGAAUUGUACUUCCAAGAAAAGGCCUUUGAAGAUUGUCUUCGCAUAGGUCGCAAAUUAAAAAAAGCUCUUCCCAAAGGAUACAAAAAUGAGGAUAAAGCUACACAGUGGAAGAACUGGGGAAACAAGUUAAACGAGGAAAGAGAAUAUAACCUAAUGGCUGAGUAUUACACACUUGCCAUAGAAUUCACACCAACAUCAAAGACUGAGCUCUUGGCCUCUCUUCUAAGUAACCGAUGUUUGGCGCUGAACAACUUAAAGAAGUUCGAGGAAGCUUUGGAAGACGCAAAAGAAUGCACCAAAGUGAAGCCAAAAUGGUUCAGAGGGUACUCGCGUCAGGGAACGUGUCUGCGAGAUUUAAACAAAACUCGAGAAGCUCUGAUGGCGUUUUGUAAAGCACACACACACGCUCUGAACGACAAAGAGAAACAGAUAACUGCAACAGAUGUGAUUACAACUGCUAUGCUCAUAGAAGGUGGAGAGUCACAGAUUACAUGCACUCUGUCUCCCCAAGUGUUACAAUUUCUGGUGAAGGACGCAUCAGAAAAGAAAGAGUGGAAGAAACUGAGAUUUCUAUAUCUUGGUAGCAUCCCAAGCCCAGCAUCUAGAGGACUGGCUAUUGAAUGUGAGUGUGAUGCUUCGUGUGUGCCUCUGGACCUUCUCAUCAAGUCGGAUGUUGAAGAUAUACACAGCCUUGUCAAAUCUCUUCUUCAACACAAAGCCUCCGUGGACGGAUUACGAGGCUGUGCCAAACCUCCACUUUUAGCUGCCAUGGAAAUGAUGAAUUUUCCUCUGGCUGUGACUCUAUUGAGAAACAAUGCUGAUCCAGCUUGCAUAGUUGGCCAUGGGAUUUUCAUCAACAGAGAGGGUCAACCUAAGCAAUGGCUUCAACUUGGUCGCAAAGCAGUAGAUGCCAAUGACAGUAAAAAGGCUGUGAUGCUGCUCAACAUGUCUCUAUACCUUUCGCAUUCCAACACAGACAGAACAAUCAAUGCACAGAUAUACCAUGCGCUGGCAGAGGCCUACUUCAUUGGGAGUGAACAUGAAAGAUGUAUCGACGCUGGAAAGGAGUGCUUUAAGAUACAACCAGUGAAAUCAGAGGAAGAAGCAAAGAGAUGGGGAGAACGAGCCAACCAAACCUUCCACUUAAGAAACUACAACCUCUCCAUUGACUACUUGAAUCAGGCUCUAAUGUACACUCCUGCUGACUCCAGAGAGACUUUUUCACAUCUGUUGUGCCGACGUUCAGAGGCUUAUCAACAGCUGAAGAACUUCCAGAGCGGUUUGGAAGAUGCAGUAAAUGCGUCAAAGAUAUGCCCAAGAAUGUCUGAGGUUUAUCUACACCAACUUAAGUGUUUCCAGGCUUUAAAAAGGAAAAAAGAGGCGAUGCAUGCGGCGAACGAGUGCUUAAAGAGAACAACAGAUGAGGACUUCAUUAAUGGCCUUUUGUGUGACGCCUUGGCUACUGCUGCCAGUCUUGAAGAGGGAACAUCAGCUCUAACGGCCCCUGUGCCUAGCAAACUCCUGGAAAAGCUAGUGAGUGACGUGAUAAAAAAGAAGAAGUGGCGUAAACUGAGAAUCCUGUAUCUCGGGGGAGGAGGACCCGGAUCACAAGCAACAGGAUACGGGGGAUUGGCGACUGGCAUCAACGCAUCGAGUGUCCCACUUGGAGAAAUAAUAUGCUCUAAUGUGCCCGAGCGGCUCAUUUUAGUGUCAGUCCUCCUCAAGCAUGGAGCCUCAGCAAAUGGUAUUGAAGAAUCAGAUAAAAUACCCUUAGAGGAAGCUAUGAGACCGCCAAACCUACCCCUUGUGGAAAAAUUGGUGCAGAAUGGAGCCAACCCUUGUGUAAUGAGCAAAGAAGGAGAGCCUAUAAUUCACCAGGCAUUGAAGAUUGGUCUCCAGAAGAACGGGAAAUUUGAAUUCUUAAAAGCAAUGCUGAAGUCCACACUUCCAGAGGUUCAAAGUGUCCAAGACACAGACGGUAACACUCUCUAUCACAUUGCAUGCUUUGGCAAGAAUGUGAUGAAAAAGAAGUAUGACGCAAUCCGAAUACUUCGAGAGGCAAACAUCAACCCGAAUCUCCGAAACAAGAGGAAUGAAUAUCCAAUAGACAAGGUUCCGUCCAAACGUGAUCCUCGUUGGAAGAUGUUAGACACUGCAUUACAGUGUUACAAGUCGAGUUCUUUAGACACUGAUCAGUCGAGUUCUUCAGACACUGUUACCCACAAAAACAACCCCGAAAAGGUGUCUGAUGAACAAGAUCAAGACCUUCAACGGGCAGAUAGAGAAGAAGAAGAACAAGUUUCGAGUGGUAAUGAAGAAAAAGCGACAACAGGAGCCAGUAAUACGCCUCAGAACGUCAAUGUUUGGAAGAUAGAUCAUAAACAGCGGCAGCGAGAGGAAAGGACGAAAACUAUUGGCAGAUUGAUAGAUGACAUAAAGCCUCUUUCUACAUUUGUUCCACAUGGAAUUGAUACAAACGAAGAGCACGAUGAUAUCGAAAUUUUUAAUGAGUCUUCAGGGAGCCCUCAGACAGCAGAGAGUAUCAUCGAUGUGGUAAAAAAAGACGAGACCGUAUUUGACGAUCGAGAUGUUGAUGAGAAUGAGAUCAUUGCAGAUAAUUAUAUAGAAACAGAUAUCGACUCCAAAUCUCCUUUUGAAGAUCUUCCUUGGGAAGUGGACUGUACUGAUCGAGUUUGGAAGAUUAUGAGAAAUAAAAAAGUUGGUGUCUCUACGAGGAGACGUAUAAUUGAUAAAAUUCGCAUGUUAGCCAAUGGAAGAUGGAGUAAGACACUCUGCAAGAGACUCGAAGGUGAAGCAAAGAGGAAAGACAUCGAACUUUACGAAUCAAAGAUAACAAAAGGUCAACGAAUAAUUUGGGAAAAAACGAUCGCUUUUUCUGGUCGAUGCAGCGAAAACCCUGAGCUCCGUCUGAACAAGAAGACUCAUGAGGGUCGCAUCUACUCAGACAUCAUUCGGGUAUGGGACAUUGUAUUAGACCACGACAAACUUGACCGUUCUAUAGACCUCAUCGUCAAGUCACAUGACAGAGGAAUGGAUUGUAUUGUGAAAAGGAAACUCAAAGGCAUUCCGGUGAAAUCUGGAGGCAACAGCGUGUUAACUUCCGAAUGUCUACCGAACAGUUAUGAAGAGAUUGGUGAUUUGGGGCUAAAAGGAAAUCCACCUGCCAAGGAAAGCGAACCGAAGAAGUCCACUAUUGCUGACAAUUUGCCUCAAAUUUUCUUUCCACCCGCAAGUGCAAAUGAGCAAGAGUAUCACAUACUCAAGUUCUACUCAUUCAGCACUGCUCUCGUUAAAACAGUACUAGAAAGUGACAUUUCUUCUAGGAUCGACUUUCCUUUCAAGAUAACUGAACUCGAGCAUGCCAUCGUUAACCUCCGCCCAGAUCCUCCGGUGCCCAUCAUUCUUCUUGGUCGAAGUGGUACGGGCAAGACCACUUGCUGCCUAUACCGCUUAUGGAACCAGUUUCAAAGCUACUGGGAAAGUGCAGAAACUGCUGGCCCCCACUUUCCACGAUAUCUGCCCCCUCCACUGAAAAUUGGUCAAUGCUCCAACGACGAUGAAACCCUACAAGGUAAAAUCGAGCAAAAUGUAAACCAAGCUGAAUGUAGUCAAGAACAAGCAUCUCCUGAAUGCCAGCAAACCAAUGCUUUGUCGUAUUUAGUUUCAGCUUCGACGUUACAAAAUGACGACCAAGUUCAAGUGAUGCAAUCAAACUCUCGCUCUACAAAGGUACAAAACCAGCUUGAUCUAGAAGAAAAGAAGCAAACUGAUAUGUACGAACAUCUACACCAGAUCUUUAUUACAAAGAACAAUGUCCUCUGCAGCGAAGUCGAGAAAAAUUUUAAGGAGCUAUGCCAUGCGUGCCCGGCGGCACAACACCGUAUACCAUUUGAAGACCAACCUCUUCCUGCCAAGAUUCAGAACAUUGCUGAAGGAGCGUGGCCACUUUUUGUUAAUUCGAGAGACUGGCUUCUUAGGUUAGAUGCCUCUCUUCCUGGAAAAACCUUCUUUAAACGCGAUGAGGAUGGUAGUUUGCUUCGGAAAAUUGAUGGCUGGGGAGGGGAAGAUAGCCAUUUACAAUUUAUUCCAGCCGCGGAAUCAGACGACGAAAGUGACCACGAAGAAGAAGACGAGGGGCUCGUUGGAACCCAACAUGACAGCGUAGACACUAAACAAAAGGGAAAAGAAACAUCCUUUAAAGAAGACAGAGACCCCAGAAGGGAAAUCACUUACCCAGUUUUCCAGUUUGAGUUGUGGCCAAAAAUGAAAAAGACUUCGAAAGAGAGGGUUGAUUACCAUCCCACUUUGGUCUGGACAGAAAUACGGUCCUUCAUUAAAGGUUCUGCUGAAGCCCUGUUGGGUGAAAAUGGAGAGCUUUCACUCGAGGAUUAUGAGUCCCUGGGAAAGAAGAAAGCUCCAAACUUCUCUGCAGACAGAAAGGUAAUUUACGAUCUGUAUCGAGUUUAUAAACGAGAGCGAUCCUCAAAACGGAUGUUUGAUGAAGCAGACUUGGUUUACAACAUUCACAAGCGUCUUCAACUUAUUACUGCUCCUGAAUGGUCAGUUCAUCAGUUCUACGUGGACGAAACCCAAGAUUUUACACAAGCGGAGUUGUCUCUAUUAAUUCGUUGCUGUCGCGAUCCAAAUCAACUGUUUUUUACUGGUGAUACAGCACAAAGCAUUAUGAGGGGAAUUUCCUUCCGCUUUAGUGAUCUAAAGUCUUUGUUUCAUCACGCCAGGAAGGCGGCAGGUAUCACUGAUGACCUGAAUGACUUCAUCAGAGUCCCAAAGAAAUUGUAUCAGCUGACACACAACUAUCGAUCACACGCGGGAAUUCUGCGUCUUGCCUCCAGCGUGGUAGAUUUGUUGCUGAGAUAUUUUCCCGACUCAUUUGACAAAUUGCAGAAGGAUGAAGGUCUUUUUGAAGGACCGCGACCGGUCCUUCUGGAAUCCUGCAGUCCUUCAGACCUGGCAAUGAUUCUUCAAGGAAAUCAACGGCAAUCUUCAAGAAUCGAGUUUGGUGCUCAUCAAGUGGUUCUUGUGGCAUCAAAUGAGGCGAGAGAGACAUUGCCGGAAGAACUGUCACAUGGACUUGUGAUGACCAUCUAUGAGGCCAAGGGACUUGAGUUUGAUGACGUCUUAAUUUACAAUUUUUUUAAAGAUUCUCAGGCUACAAAAGAAUGGAGAGUUGUUGCCAGUUUCAUGAGAGAUGAAGGGUUCACUAAUCUUUCAAGUUCGACUGGUCUUGCUGAGAUAACAGAAGACAGCGUUACGGCACAAUCCUCCCGUCCCCUUGAAUUUGAUCCGGACAAGCACAAGGUUCUCAAUUCUGAACUCAAGUAUUUAUACACAGCGAUCACUCGAGCCAGAGUAAACGUCUGGUUCUUUGACGAGGACAAAGAAUCCAGAGCGCCCAUGUUUGAGUUCUUCCAGAAAUGUGACCUUGUUAAAGUUGUAUCAAUGGGAGAUGGUGACACUGGAUCUGGUGAGCUGGCCAGCAUGUGUGCUACUAAAUCAACGCCAGAUGAAUGGCGGAAGGGUGGUUUGCGUUUCUACAAACGCAAGUUGUGGAGGCUUGCUAUACAGUGCUUUGAGUUCGCUGGUGAUGAAAGCUGGGUUCAGAAAAGCCGAGCACAGCAACAAGCGGCAGAAGCCAUAAAAUUGCGUUCCACAAAUCGUCAGCAAAUGAAGGACGAGUUCCUCAAGGCUGGCGAAAGCUUCCUGAAAUGCGACAUGUAUGAUGAGGCCGAGAUUUGCCUAAACAACGCCCGAGAGUGGACUCUUUUGGCUAGACUUUACGAGAAAACAGGAAAGUUUCAAGAUGCUGCUCGCCUUUUUAAGAAAGAAAAACUUCACAAGGAAGCAAGCAGAUGUUACGAAGCACAGAACAACUACGCGGAGGCCAUCGAAGUCUUUUGUCGUGCAGGCAUCUUUGAAGAAGCGCUCAGUGCCCUUGAACGAUAUUAUAUCCUGGCAUCAAGUGGUGACUUAGAGGCUAAACAUGGUAUUAUUCCCCCAAGAUCUACUCGAACGACGGAGAGGUUACGUCAUCAACUUGCAAACCAACAUUUCAAGAGAGGGGAAACAAUCAAAAUGGAAGAGGUCCUUCAAUACCUUCCAUCUGCUACCGACCGUAUAACAUUCUUGAAGAAACGGGGAUGUAUAAUUGAAGCAGCCAGAGCCUUGGAUGCUGACGGAAGACGGGAUGAAGCCGCUAGACUUUUAAAAGACGCAGGAAAAUUUGAGGAAGCUGAAAGAUAUUCUACUGAUCCCAAGUUUUCCGCCGAUUGUUUGAUAUCACUGGCUCGCACCACUACGAAGAAUGACGACAGUCUUACGAUUCUGGAAAGAGCUAUUGAGAACUAUCAGCUCUGUGGUGACCUCAACGGCCAAGCAGAGGCCUUGCUCUUACUGGGAGGAUUGUCUGAUGACUCUAAGAAGCUCCAGGACGCGGGGAGAUUGUUUGACAAAAGUAAGAAUCCCUGCGGGGAAGUAGAGAGUGUUAUGCAAUUGCUUGAGACGACGAAUUUUGUACCUCCAAAAACCUUCCAACAGUGGAUGGCUGUGAGAGCCUUGGAGAGAGUUCUGGGACUGAUUACUAGAUUACACAUGCCUCAGAAAAAACUAACCUUGGCUGAAGAGAGCGAAAUUAUAAGGUGCGAAGAGCAUUUUGGACUUUUCAAAACCAACGCCGCUGACGAAAAUAGGUAUUUGUGCAAAUCCGGGGGCAGAUUCUCCACGGUUUAUCCCCAAAUCAUUGAAAACCAUACCUCUAACACGGAGGUGAUGAUAAACACACUUGAUGCACACAAAAAAAUAGGACGAUUCUUACUUAACGUCUGCGCCAAAUUAGUUGAAAUGAUUCACGUGAUGUUAGAGAAGACGCUGGCUAGAAGUACUCCGUGCACGAAAAUGGAAAUGGGAACGACGUGCGGCGAUUCAAGUUGUGAAAAUCAGCAUGAAGAUACGUUAGACCAUUUCAACAACCGCUUCCUGGCUCUGUUCCAUUUCGUAUAUUUAGAAUCAGUAGUUGAAUCGUUCAAGUCGGAGAUAGCUUCAAGGAAAGACGAGCAGGAGACCCUCAAAUUAAAUUUAGAGGGAUUUCGUGGAUUCCGUGCCUGUCAGCGUUUUUACGACUUCUUGGUUCCCUCGUCUGGUUAUAGAGAAUACCAUCUUUCAUUGGGGAACAUUCGCCGCCUUAACAAGACAAAACUAGUCACCAAGCGAAUUUUUCAAUUUGCCAACGUUUUAUGGAAAGAAAAUGCCGAGGAGUUGCGCCGGUCAGACACGAAUAACUUUCUCAAAGUGUCAUUUUGUUUGCAGCUUAUCAACUCUUCUCACUUCACGGUGAAGUGGAUUUGUGAAGAGGAAAAAAAGUUCGAAAAGAAGACAAGAACGCCAAAAUUCAGGCCCACAAGUGAGCUGUUGGCAAAGAACGGAAUGACUGGUCCUGAUGAAAUUGGACGCUACGAAAGCUACUUGCAAUGGUGGGAGUACGGCAAGAAAAGGCUCUACGUUUACGGUGACGUGCAAAACGCUGCUCACAUCAUCAUCAGACGUUUCCUUACUCUAACAGCAAAGCGAAGUAAGAUGAGAUAUCCAUCCAUUGCCAAUACCGUUAUGAUCCUAGAACAUCAACUGACAGCUUGCCUUGCCUUGUACAGCCGUUUGACUACAGAGAACCGUGUGUGUCCUGUGUGUCUACCAGCAGGUUAUCUGACUAUGGUGAGGUUUUGGGACAAUUGCAGGCCCGGAGCCGACAAAGGCACACUGACCUUGUACCAAGCUGUUGAGAAUAGCUACGCUCAAGAGGCCGAUAAAAUAAAACUGUCCAAAGCCGUUCGCUCUUUGUUAGACUACAUGGUGACACUGACAUGCGGCCAGGUGGCCCAUUCAUUCGAUGUUUUAGGGGACGCUCUUGACUCAGGAGAGAGUUCAUCUUAUUGUGACUCUGGAGAAGCAGAGAGAACCUUGGUGCUCUUCUUGACCAUGAUGUGCAAUUGUGGUAAAGGAAUUUCGAUUCAUCUGGAAGAAUUGAUGCUCAAAAAGAUCUUGCGUAUCAAGUCAAAUCCUCGGUUAACAAGCCGUAUCAACAGAGAGUUAGACAAAAUCCAGGAGGCGCAAGGAUCCCGUGAUGUAGUAAUGAUAUUGAAGACGUUCCUGAAAAGUAGGGCCGAAGAACUUUAUGAUCUCCGCUGGUAUAAUGGAAAAUUAUGGUAUGAUGGAGCAUGCAAUCCAACUACUUACCCAAACACAUUCCACACAGACCUGUCGCACAUACGCGAAGGACUAAAACAGGAUCAAGGCCAAGAGAAAACGUCUGAAGACACUGAAACUGUAAAUAAAACCGUAGCCGAAGCAUCGGAGGAACGCAUGGAUGUAAAACCUACGGAGGAAGAGCUCAAAGAGAAAGAAAACAUUCUAAGAGAUGUGAAUGCUACCACAAUCCAAAGAUGGUACAAACGAAUGAAGUCCCUGGAGAAGAAGAAAGCGCAAGCCGGAGUAGUGCCCGCUAAAACAUUACAUAGGCUAGAGCCCACCCAGAAACAAAUAAAUUCAGAAUCUGAUGUCUUAGAGAAACAUUUUUCCCAGUUCAGAGUCGACUUAACUGCCUGUGGAAUCUGUGGGAUCAGUUUCAAGCCUUCAGCUGAAGACACCUUUCAUAUGAACAAUGAAGAUAACGAAGGAGAAACGGCUUCAACAGACAAUGACGCAGAGAAUGCAGAAAUCCAUGGAAAUUCCUCGGCACAUCUGGUAAAAGAGAAGGCUUACUUCCAUUACAAAGAUAUUUAUUUGUCAAAAGUCCAACCCUUAUUUACACGAGAGAAACAACUACUCAAGGUGAUAAAGGACCAUUCCUUGUCGGCUAAAGUCGAAUUGGAUAUGGAACGCGUAGAGACGAGUCUUUCUGUAGUGAAGAGUGAAGUACAAAACGUGGAGUCUACUUUGAAUUGGGAAAAAGUCAGCCCUCUACAAAACGCAGUAACAGAUUCUGAAAUCAAACUGCAAAAGACGGAAAAAGUCGUAGAACAAGCGAAACAAGAGUCCUUCACUGCAGCUAAUGAAGACAGUGAGCCAGAAGAAGAAGGAGACGGAUUGCACGAGGAAGACAAAGAAGAAGAACAUGAUUUCAGUCCCAUUCAAGAAAUCCCACAUGGAAACAAAAAAGGUAGUGGCAAAUCUAAGUAGCGUCGUAAAAACCGUAAGAAGUAGAGAGAUUGCGAGAAGGCAUUUUCAGUUGCAGAAAAGAUACAUUUCCCUGUAAAUACAAUAGUAUAAAUAUGUUUCAAGCUAUGCAGAGUUUUAAAUGACCUGUUGGGUAAGUUAAAUCUCGUUUCGAAUCUAUCAGAAAAGAUACCAAUAUUAUAGGAAAAAUCAAUACCUGACGAAGGAGUUCCAGGUGAAAUUGCACGCGUAACCGAUUUUGCACUAAUCCCUAAGCGAUGAGUACGAUAUCGGUUUUCAAAUGCAAUUCUAUGGGAAAAUUCAUCACUUGACGAGGGAAUUCCGUAUUAAAUUGCAC